UUUGUGUCCGGGUGACGUCUUCGGACUGCCCAAACCAUGAUGGCGGCGGCAGCAGCAGCAGCGGAGCGGGACGGCGGACCUGGUUCUUCCCCUGUCGGCUCCCCGCGGCCCCCGGUUGAUCACUCGGUGCUGGUGGUGGUCGGAGCGCUGCGACCCGCCGGCCUGCUGGAGCGGCUGCUGCGGCAGAUAGACUCAGGUGUGCGGUGCUGGCCUGUGGAUCUGCAGGUUUCUGUUCUGGAUCAGCAGCUGAAGCUCUUUGUAUCCAGACACUCGGCCUUCCUGUCAGAGGACGUCCCAGGUCAGAGGACUCUACAGCACCGCAGCGACCUGUUGGACACUCAGGUUGUUGUGAAUCCAGCUCAUGACUUCAUCUGCUCUGAGGUGCGGCGGCUGCUCUGUGAUUCGUCGCGUCACAAGCUGCUGGUGGUCAUGGGUCAGUGUGUGGAGGAGAGCGGAGACGUGGUGUUACAGAGAGGAUGUUUCUCCGUCAGAGACCUGAUCCACAUCCUGUCUGAUGAAGAGAUGGGGGAGCUGUUGAGCUCUGCAGCGCUGAAGGCCAGCCUCACCCUCAGCUGUCCAGACGUCGGACUCUGGAAGGACUCUGUGUUAGAGACACAAACCCUGAUAAACAUCCGGAUCAACCCACCCCCCGUCCUCCCAGAGAUGGAGGGUCUGCAUGAGUUCACAGAAUACCUCUCCGAGUCUCUGGAGCCCGAGUCGCCCUUCGAGCUCCUGGAGCCCCCGAGCACCGUGGGCUUCCUGAAACUGUCUCGACCAUGUUGCUACAUCUUCCCCGGGGGGCGGGGCGACUCUGCUUUCUUUGCUGUGAACGGUUUUAACGUGCUGGUGAACGGCGGCUCUGAUCCGCAAUCCUGCUUCUGGAAACUGGUUCGACACCUGGACAGGAUCGACUCGGUGCUCCUGACUCACAUCGGCGUGGACAAUCUGCCCGGCGUGAACAGUCUGUUGAGCAGGAAGUUGGCAGAGCAGGAGGAGGAGUCUGCUGGAGCUCAGACUGAAGAGGACUGGACUAAGAACCUGAUCUCCCCUGAGAUCGGGGUCGUCUUCCUCAAUGCUCCCGUCAGGUUGAAGUCCGUUAAGGGGGAUCUGGGCGAGCUGCGGAGCUCGGACUUGGUGGCGCUUACCUUGCAGCACUUACAAAGACUGGAGGUCAAAGCUGAACCUCUGAGCCGGGCCAAUGGACCCACUAUAGAACCAGUAAUCCUGUUCCAGAAGAUGGGAGUGGGCCGUCUGGAGCUGUACACCCUGAAUCCAGUCAGUGGCAGCAAACACCUUGAAGCUUUGAUGCAGACUUGGCCAAACAGCGGAUCAAAGGGCUCCGACCUCCCUCUGCCAUGCCUCGUUUCCAUUUGUGCCCUGCUGGUCUGGCAUCCAUCCAACCCUCAGGAGAAGAUCAUACGUGUCCUUUUCCCAGGAUGCACUCCCCAAAUCAAAAUUCUGGAGGGACUUGAAAAACUGAAACAUCUGAAUUUCCUCAGACAUCCGGUUGUGUGUUUGAAGGAUCUCGAAACAUCCAGAAGUGAGAAACAACCGAAACGAGCAGAGAGCCGGGAAAGCCUUAAAUCUCAGUCCAAGGAGGUCCGAGUCAGCAGUGCCUUCCAGAAAGACAAGAACGGACGAGUAGACGUGAAAAAACAGGAGGUGAAAGUGAAGCCAAAGGCAGCAGGUGAGACUAAAGAGAAGAAGGAUGGGGAGCCCAAACUCAAAGACACAGAUGCCAAAUCAAAGCCCCAGAAAGCUGCUGAAAAGAUGGUUCCAAAGAAAGAAGAGAAAAAGGAAGUGAAGAAGGAUGAGAAGGCGCCGCUUCCUGUCGUAAAGAAAGAAGCGGUGAAGAAGGAAACUGUAAGUAUGAAACCAAAGAAAGACGUCAAACCUGAACCAAAAAAAGACCAAAAGAAAGACGGAAAACCGGCCGUCAAAGAAAUUAAGAAAACAACAAGCGGAGCAUCAACAGGAAGUACAGAACUAAGGAAAGCUUCAGGUCCGAGCGGAACUCUAAAGAAAGAUGGUUCUCUUCCAAAGAAAGACCCGGGGAGCAAAGGGACCAAAGGUAGGCCAGGAUCGAAGGAGCAGGAAAUCCAGAAAGAAGGCUGUAAGACGUCUGAGGACAUGACAGAGGAACUUCAAAGACUUCGAUUGGAGGAUCACAACGGGAACAGCGGUCUAAACUCAAAGGUCCCUGCAGCCAACGGGAACCCCUCCCCGAACGUAGAGAGCCCAGAGAAGUUCCGCAGCACUCAGAUGGACCAGGUCAGAGAUCAUCUCGGGGUGAACUUUGACCUCUCCCCGACUGCAUGCUCUCUGGAAAACGGGAAAGAGGAUGUCUGCGUGAGCUCAGAGGAGAAGACUCUGGAGGGGGUCUCUCCUGCAGAGUCCUCCUCACAGGGUGCAGCAGGAUCCUCUGAGGAGGACCGUCAGGGUUUAGGCGAGGACAGAGGAUCAGGUCUGGACUGGAAACAGGGCGGUUCGCUGAGGGAAGGUCUGGAAACUUCCACGUCCACUCAAGACAAACAGUCAGGUCUUCUGAUGCUCAGUCCUUUUAAAGAGAACUCGUCGUCCACGGCGACCUCCCUGCCAGCUGAGAUGGGGUCUCCUCAGUCCACAGAGGUGGAUGAGUCCCUGUCCGUGUCUUUAGAGCAGGUGGGCUCACCCAAAGGAUUCUACUCUAACGGACACGUCAGUGACUCGGACUUGAACACAGGGAUGACCUUGACUGACCCUGACAGGCGUGGGUCAGGUGUCCACACGCUGUCAGAGCUGGUUUCAGACAUUCCUCAUGACGUGGAUCUCUGUUUGGUUUCCCCCUGCGAGUUCCAGCAUCAGCACCUCCAUCCUCUGACCUCUCCAGACCUCUCUGACAACAACAACCACUCACAGGACUGCCCUUCAGCCUUCAGCCAAGAGACUCCGCCCACAUCAGUCAGCAACUCCCUCACAACAACCACAGACUCUGACGUCCCCCCAGGGACCGAGGACUGUCCCUCUAUCACGGCAGAUAUGGACUCUGAUGAAGACUGCAGUCCACACAUCUCUUACAGGGUGGGGGAUCCGCCCCCAGCCCCUGUAAAGGAUCUGCCCCCCUUACCCCCCCAUCCUGGAGCCUGCAUGGCUGACAUCGAGGCCGAUGGUUCGUCCAAGAACCUGAAGAGUUCAAAGACCAAGAAACCGACGGCUUCGUUGCAGAAGACGACUUCCGGAAGUACCACGGCUCAGAGCGCUAAAUCAAAGAGCAGUGUGACCACGGGGUCACUGAGGAUGACCUCCAGCCUGGACACGAAGCCCUCAUCCAGAAACUCACUCGGAGGCUCCAGAAUUGGAACCCCAAAACCGUCAUCGUCAGGAGCAAAGGCCGCAGGUUUUGCAGGUUCUGCGGUCUAUGUGGACCUGGCGUACCUGCCCUCUGGCUCCUCCUCCUCCUCUGUGGACCUGGAGUUCUUCAGACGACUUCGCUCGUCUCACUACAUCGUGAGCGGGGACGAGCCGGUGAAGGAGGCGGCGAUGAGGAGCAUCCUGGACGCUCUGCUGGAGGGGAAGAGCAGCUGGCCGGAGCUCCAGGUGACGCUGAUCCCGACUUUUGAUUCGCUGGCGAUGCACGAGUGGUACCAGGAGACUCACGAUAGGCAGAAGGAGCUGUCAAUCAUCGUUCUGGGCAGCAACAGCACCGUGGCCAUGCAGGAGGAGACUUUCCCCGCCUGCAAGGUCGAGUUCUGAGCACAGAGCCCCACCCACUACGAGCCCCGCCAACCUCACCUGUGACCUCUGCAUGGGUGUGCCAGAAAACAGGAGACGGAGAGAAGACUAUCUUUGUUGCCAUGGUGACAACCAAACCAGACCAAUGGAUGGACCUUGGGUAGAGUCCUUUUAGUGAGCAUGCUCAGUUACUCCCUGCACAGCGUACCUGUGUGACAUCACUGCACAGUUAUCCCCUGUCACUACGUGUCACUUCCUGUCUGCUGGAUCAGGAGGUCCAGCUCACCUGCUAACAGACGUUAGCAUGUUAGCAUGAGCUGUGAAACGUCACAGAAUAUUUAGAAGAUGAUAUUACCAUCACCUGCUAACUGUAGCUGUGACGGCUCCGUGUUCAGCUUCUCUGAUUGGUCCUCACUUUUAGUUUCACUUUCAGUGUUUGAGCCGCUCGUGGCGUUUCUGAUCUUUGAUUCGAUCGUUGUUAACCUAUGCUCCUGAUCAUGUGAUCAUCUGUGAUGAUGUCACUCUGUUCAAUAAUGAUGUCAUGUGUAGAGCUUCAAAAUAAGAGCUUAAUUUGACGAUGACAUCAUCUCCAUUCUGAAAUGUGCCGUAAAGAUGAUGUCAUCACACGUGACUUCAGCUGGACGAUCAGGUAGAAACAUUUUGUUUUGUAGUUUACAGAGAAGACUUGUAGUUUUCUAAUCGGCACAAAGAGACGUGAAGUUGUUAAAAGGAGAACUAUACGUUCUUCUACUGUUUUAUUAAAUGCAGAUUGAUCCAUGUAACCUGCGUGAGCACAGAUCUCCAAUACAAUUUUGUAGUUCUUUUUCCAGAAUCGUAGUUUUUAUAUUUCCUGUGAAACAGCGCUAAUCUGAAUCCUACAUUACCCAUGAGCCUCAGCUGCUGGAUUGUUAUUUUUUUAACGAAUCAAGAGUCUAAAUUUAUCAAAGAAGUUUUUAAAAGAUGACCUUUGACCUCGGCCUGCUGUUAUCCGCCUGGCAACAGCGGCUCUCUGAUUGGAUGGGCCUUACAGUGAUUUCUGGGACUUGUAGUUUUAAAGUGUCCGGCUGAAUCUGGCGCGUAAACUGAGCGUGUAACGUUUUUAUUUAGAAUCUGAAACCUGAAGACCAAACUGUCUGUUUUUAUUUCGACCUAAAGUCCAACAUUUCCAUCUUUAACUUAUUUAUUUAUUGAAUUUGUUUUCUCGUCUCUUUGGUACGACGACGACUUUGAUCAGCGACCAGCAGAACUUCCAAGUUUCCACGUUUCACUUCUUUCACUUUGAAUGGAUCUUUAUUCCAAACAGGAAAUCAUCUGAAGCUUUGUUUUGAUUAGAAACGUUGAGAUGGCGAAGAUGUUCGUUUUUAUUGGACGAUCAAACUCGAUUCAGAUUUUAUGAAGGGGGGGAGGGGGGGUCGUAAGUUCUCUGCAGCGACGCUUCUUUAAAAUCAGAUGGAAACCCUGAAGUUCAAAUGUUUAAAUGAAGUUUGAGUUUCAAUGAAAGUAGAAAAUUCAACAUUUAGAUUUUAAAUUUAUCUUUUUUAAAGAUUUUAUUUCACAACAUUCAAACAUUUGUUUUUGUUUCAAUCAGAUUUAAUUUUCUUAUGAUUCACAUCCCCAACGCACACACACACACACAGACACACACACAUAGACAGACACACAUAGACAGACACACACACACACACACACACACACACACACAUAGACAGACACACAGACACACACACACACACACACACACAGUGACACAGAGACACACACACACAGACACACUCUCAGAGUAUUGUGUGUAUUGAACACUAAUUGUUAUGAUGGUUUGAAAUAAAAGUUUCCCUUCAA